AUGUGUGUGUAUGUGUGUGUUUAUGUGUGCGUAUGUGUAUGUGUAACAGAGAAUAUCCAGUCAUUCCACUCCAUCUUGCCUGACCACAGUGACCAGUGGAAAACUCCACUGUGUCUGUCCCUACCUCCAUUAGAACAUUAGUGAUCCCAAUGCCUUUCUCAGCUCUUAUCUCCUACCCUGGGAUAGCCUGGCAACAAGGCAUCCCUCAACUCCUCCCUCUCCCUCCAAGCCAGCCUAMAAUGUUUACUCUUUCUGGGGGUUAACAUUUAACAUUUACACCGGAGCACCAUAGCUGACUGGAGCAUCAGAAAUAGUAGACAGCAACUUCCCAAGUUACUUGGCACUUUGAAGUGGAUUUAAUUGUAUUAUGGGACCUCGGACAGCUGUCACUCCAUCCAAGGAAAGAAAGAUGGUGUCUGGGGCGCAUGAUAACAGUCUUAGUAGUGGCAACAUUGGGUAUUAUAACAGAGGCCRCARGCUUACCCCUACCUCACCUGUGCUGUCAAACCCCAAAUCAGUGCUGAAGAGACAAGUGAGUCCAGAGGAGCUGCAGAGACCAGGAAGCCCAUACAUAAAGAGGACGUUUACAAUUGUGGGUGAUGCYGUGGGCUGGGGAUUUGUGGUCAGGGGGAGUAGGCCAUGUCACAUCCAGGCAGUGGACCCCAGUGGGCCUGCAGCAGUAGUAGGAGUGAAGGUGCGCCAGUUUGUGGUCUCUGUCAAUGGUCUGAACGUCCUGUCUCUGGACUACAAGAUGGUCAGAAACCUCAUCCUCACUGGAAAACGAACCGUGGUCAUGGAGAUUAUGGAGGAGUCUGAUUGUUGAGGAUGAGGUUGUAUUGUAUUCGGRUACAGUCAGCUUAAGGUCUCAGUCACCCAUUGGCUCUUGGAGGCGGAAAGCUUAGAGUAAGAAUGUGGACUGUAUUGGCCCAAAUAAAUCCAUAGAAACCUUAUGACCUUGAUAUGGAGCGAAAUGGACUUAGCUACAUCAUCGACCUGAGACGAGGGUCACAGAAACAGCGACCCCACAGAAACCUGAUGAGCCCCACUGUGAAGACGUGUGUUUACAUCAUCAGUCCGAGACUGACCAGUGUUCCGUGGUUAACAUGGUUCCAGCUUGUGCUUUUGUUCUCUUGAGGCGGUUUAGACUUUUGACCUGUGCGCCUACUCAUUGCCAUCCCCCUGCUGUUUGCUUUUCCAUCCACUCCCUCCUAUGCUCCAAUGGAGGGUUCCUUCCUAGAAAGACAAGUAUUUAGGGUGUUGUUGAUAAGUGAGGUGGCACAUAUUGUAAACAACUCCAUGCUUUCUGACAUGGCAGAGGUGUUUUUAAAUAUAAGUUGUUUUGUUGAAUUAUCUUGGCAUUUUGCUUUGAAUAUGUUUGGCAUUGAAUUCUUAAGUUUGGUAGCAGGAGCAAUUUAACCAUUGUAUUUAUAUUGGCCUGGAAAUAGCACAAUACUGUCAAACUGCAGACCACAUACUGUCGAGCAGCAUAAAAAGGCCUGGAUGUCAUCUUGGUUUCUCAAAUCAAAUAAAACAAAUCUGAUUCCAUUGCAAUGUUUUUGGAAACCCACAAUACUGACAAAAGUUCAAAUAAUCAAUCAGUAGUAGCCUAUCAAUAUGUUAAUCGUUUUUUAUUUUUGAAAUAACAAAUGAAUGUAUUAUGUCAAAGUGAAAUAGAUAGAUUAUAGCAGUGAUAUUGUGGAUUUUGUAGAAUACUUCAAGUGUAAUGCAUGAUCACAUGGUCCAACAUAAGGUAUGAAGGACCAAAAGCACUAAGGAUGUGUACUAGUAUAUAGCCAUAUACUGUAGCCUGACCCUAUACAUUUGCUAUGAUCAACUGAUCUUUAGAGGGUAUUAGUGCAGCCAGGCCAGCAAGGAGUAUCUACAUUUGUGUUAGUGUUUGAUCAGUGUGUAAAUAUUUCAAUUAGCCAAUGAAUUAAUAAAAUAAAGUAAUUCAAUUCAAAAUAUCA